AUCUCGGACUUGGACGUUGCACAGCUCCCAGUACCACCCCAACAAGUGCUAUAGUUGUGCACGGACACAAAGAGCUUUUAAAAGCCGUUGCAUGCUCGCACACUUGCUGUCUUCUGCAGCUUUCCUCCUGCUUUCACCCCUGAUUUCAUCGAGCAUGCUCUGCCACUCCGCUGCCGGUCCCGCUCGAGGAGCGGGGCACGCCACGGCCGCGAUGGACGGCACAAGGCAGCACACGUCACAGCCAAUCGUCACGGGUACUUCGGUUCUGGGCAUCAAGUACAAGGACGGAGUGAUGCUGGCGGCGGAUACCUUGGCGUCGUACGGCAGCUUGGCCCGCUACAAGAACGUCGAACGCCUCAAACCGGUGGGUGAGUGCACGCUGAUCGGGGCUUCGGGGGAGUACUCGGACUUCCAGCACAUCAUGGAGACCCUCGAAGAUUACCACCAGUACGACGUCAACAUGGACGACGGCUUCGAGAGGAGUCCCGCAGAGAUCUACAACCUGCUGAGGACCAUCAUGUACAACCGCAGAAACAAAUUCAACCCGCUGUGGAACUACCUGCUCAUCGCCGGCUGCAAGAAGGACGGUACCGCUUUCCUUGGCUCUGUUGACCACAUCGGGACUUGCUAUGAGGACAACAUUCUGGCCACGGGUUUCGGUGGACACCUGGCGCUGCCCAUCCUUCGCAAGAAGUGGAGGCCGGACCUGGAGGAGGGAGAGGCUAGGGCUUUGCUGGAGGACUGCAUGCGGGUGCUCUUUUACCGCGAUUGCCGGGCGCUGAACCGGAUCCAGAUCGCGAAGGCCACCGCGGAGGGCACGGUCGUCAGCGACGCGUACAAGGUGGACACAGAAUGGAGCUUGGCCUCGUUUAGCCAGCCGAAGGCCGGGCAGGAUACUGACGGGAGCUGGUGAUGACGACAUGUCUAGGUUGUUUAGGAAGGCCGGGCGGGCUUGGGGACAGUCGCGCGUGGGUUGCCCGCAAGGUGUUGCAGGCGGGGUGCUGAUGACCAUCUGGCGGCAGCUUCCUAGCGCAAAGUGUGUAUCCUCGUGACACUAACACCAUUGAUUGUUUUUCCCAAAGGGGGGGAAGGCAUUGGUAGGUGUGACUGCUCCGUCACUCCUGCUGGUGUCUCUUGGAACAAGCUCUGACGAUGCAGGCACCAAUUUUGGUUGGUCGACGUUCGGGCGGCAUCUUUCUUGGCACUACUGCUGUAUUGUUCUAGUGGGCAAGUAGUGUGUGGGUGGCGCGGGCGAAAUAACCUAACCAGAUGGCCGGAGUGCCGCCAACUGUAAUAAUCACACCUGCCGUUAUGAUGGCG